GGGCAGCCGAGGGGGCGGGUGCUGUGGAGCGGCGGGUUCGGCCGGGGCUCAGCCUGCGGUCCGCUCCGCCCGAAGCGCGGAGGAGCGGGGCCCGCCGCCCAGUUCUUCCAUGAGGCCUGAGUGAGGCGCAGCGGAGAGAGCCGGCCUGCGGCGCCUCCCCCCGCAUCCUAUCCGGAGCGCAGCGGCCCCCGGAGGAGGAGGAGGAGCAUGUCGGAGGGUUUCGAUCGGGCUCCAGAACAAACAAGGCCCCUGAGAGCUCCACCUAGUUCACAGGAUAAAAUCCCACAGCAGAACUCAGAGUCAGCAAUGGCUAAACCCCAGGUGGUAGUGGCUCCCGUAUUAAUGUCUAAACUGUCUGCGAACGCCCCUGAAUUUUACCCAUCAGGUUAUUCUUCUAAUUAUACAGAAUCCUACGAGGAUGGUUGUGAGGAUUAUCCCACUCUAUCAGAAUAUGUUCAGGAUUUUUUGAAUCAUCUUACAGAACAGCCUGGCAGUUUUGAAACAGAAAUUGAACAGUUUGCAGAGACCCUGAAUGGCUGGGUUACAACAGAUGAUGCUUUGCAAGAACUUGUGGAACUCAUCUACCAACAGGCUACGUCUAUCCCAAAUUUCUCUUAUAUGGGAGCUCGCCUGUGUAAUUACCUGUCCCAUCAUCUGACGAUAAGCCCACAGAGUGGCAACUUCCGCCAAUUACUACUUCAAAGAUGUCGGACUGAAUAUGAAGUUAAAGAUCAAGCUGCAAAAGGAGAUGAAGUGACUCGAAAACGAUUUCAUGCAUUUGUACUCUUUCUGGGAGAACUUUAUCUUAACUUGGAGAUCAAGGGAACAAAUGGACAGGUUACAAGAGCAGAUAUCCUUCAGGUUGGUCUACGAGAAUUGCUGAAUGCCCUCUUCUCUAAUCCAAUGGAUGACAACUUAAUUUGUGCAGUAAAAUUACUGAAGUUGACAGGAUCAGUUUUGGAAGAUGCCUGGAAGGAAAAAGGAAAAACUGAUAUGGAAGAAAUUAUUCAGAGAAUUGAAAAUGUUGUCCUAGAUGCAAACUGUAGCAGAGAUGUAAAACAGAUGCUCUUGAAGCUUGUUGAACUCCGGUCAAGUAACUGGGGUAGAGUCCAUGCAACUUCAACAUACAGAGAAGCAACACCUGAAAAUGAUCCUAACUACUUUAUGAAUGAACCGACAUUUUAUACAUCUGAUGGUGUUCCUUUCACUGCAGCUGAUCCAGAUUACCAAGAGAAAUAUCAAGAAUUACUUGAAAGAGAGGACUUUUUUCCAGAUUAUGAAGAAAAUGGAACAGAUUUAUCAGGGGGUGGUGAUCCAUAUUUGGAUGAUAUUGAUGAUGAGAUGGACCCAGAGAUUGAA